UUCAGAAACAGCUCGUCAACCACCUCCGUAGCUGUCUAGCCAACAUAGCUGAAAGAUUCAAGUUAUUUAUACGCUUUUGGUGUAUAUUAGCUACCGUGUUUUAGACACACUUCUGUCGUAUCUACUUGUGAACCUAUUUAAUUUAAUUUACGAUAUUUUGUAUUAGUCAGCUACAGUAUCUGUCUGGUUAAGUUAGCACUAGCCUAGUCGCUAAUGAUAAUAGCUAGCUAGCUAACAUCCCCGACCAUGAGCUCCCUAAACUACUCCCCUCCUGUUAAAGAAGAGGAGGUCUGCUGGACGGAGAAAGAAGCUCUGGGGCUGAACAUUGUUGUGAAAGAGGAGGAGGAUGUCACAGUAAAACAAGAAGUAGAGGGUGAGGCUGUUACAGUGAAAGAAGAGCAAGACGUUUCAGUGAAAGAAGAGGAAGACGCGUUCAGAGUGAAAGAUGAGGAGGAUGUUACUGUGAAAGAAGAGGAUGCAGUUUUUGGAGAGAAGAUCGAAGGGGAGAUUACUGUCACAUUGAAAGAUGAAGAGGUGGAGAUAGGAGAUCGGAUUAACAUCAGAGAGAGAAGUGACUACCGUGGGUCCUCUGGGGAGCCUCAACAAAAUCAUGAUGCUGACAUGGCAGAGAAGAGUCUCCCCAGAUCAAAACACCUCAAACACCAGCGGAAACCCACAGGGAAGAAAUCUCAUUGCUGCUCUGACUGUGGGAAACAUUGCAAGUCUUCAUCAGAACUUAAAAUACACCAGCGAGUACACACAGGAGAGAAAUCUUAUAGAUGUACUCAAUGUGGGAAGAGUUAUUUAAGAUCAAAAUCACUAAAAGUACACAUGAGAAUUCACACAACAGAAAAAGCUUAUAGCUGUGAUCAAUGUGGGAAGAGUUUCACUACAUCUAGCUAUCUGACAAUACACCAGAGAACACAUACAGGAGAGAAACCGUAUAGCUGUACUCAAUGUGGAAAGAGUUUCACUCAUUCAAGCAACCUGUUAUCGCACCAGAGAAAACACACAGGAGAGAAAUCUUAUAGCUGUGAUCAAUGUGGGAAGAGUUUUACUCAGUCAAGCAACCUGGUAUCACACCAGAGAACACACACAGGAGAGAAACCUUAUACCUGUGCUCAAUGUGGGAAGAGUUUUACUACGUCUAGCCAUCUGAUUGUACACCAGAGAACACACACAGGAGAGAAACCGUAUAGCUGUACUCAAUGUGGGAAGAGUUUCACUCACUUAAGCAGCCUGGUAUCACACAAGAGAAAACACACAGGAGAGAAACCUUAUAGCUGUGAUCAAUGUGGGAUGAGUUUUACUACAUCGAGCCAUCAGAUUGUACACCAGAGAACACACACAGGAGAGAAACCUUAUAGCUGUACUCAAUGUGGGAAGAGUUUCACUCACUUAAGCAGCCUGGUAUCACACAAGAGAAAACACACAGGAGAGAAACCUUAUAGCUGUGAUCAAUGUGGGAUGAGUUUUUCUACAUCUAGCCAUCAGAUUGUACACCAGAGAACACACACAGGAGAGAAAUCUCAUAGCUGUGAUCAAUGUGACAAAAGAUACUCUGAUAAAAGAUCUCUGAUCAAACAUCAGAAAAUACAUACAUGAAGGAGUUGUUUCAUGAUUUCAAUUAAAUAAUGUCACAAUGUAGAAUGUUUUACACAUUGUAGUAGCAGUUUUUUAAUGAUGUCACAAUGUAUAACCCUAAACGUUUGUCCCCUGUUAAAUUGAUUUCAGCAUGAUAUGGAUAUUAGCCUCAUCAAUGGAAAUUGUUUUGUACUUUGCUCAGUUCUUCUUUCCCUCGAUCCUGACUAGUCUGCCAGUCCCUGCCACUGAAAACAUCCCCACAGCAUCAUGCUGC